AUGCCUUCAUCCGGAGGCGGGAAUUCCGGCGCGUCCGGCGGUAUUGCAGCUUCUUCUAGCGCGCCACCGCCGCAACCUGCUCGGCCGAUUCUCGCGCAACAGGGAACGAUCGUCGUUGGAUCUCGCGCGACUGUCGCACACAGGGAGGCGGUCGUCGGCGCGUUGGCCGUGGGUAACCCCGCGGUGACCGGCGCGUCAGGCGGUAGUGCUGCUCCUAGCGCGAUUCUCGCGCAGCAAGAGGCAAUCGUUGGCGAUUCGCGCACGGUUCGCCGACGCGCGCAGAAGGAGACGGUCGUCGGCGCGUUGGCCGUGGGUAACGCCGCGGUGGCCGUUUGGAGCGCCGCGGUCGCAUGGUGGCAGCUGAUCGAAUUGUCUCGCUCGCUCUCCGCGCUCAGAUCCGCGCGCGAAACGUUAAUCGCGGAGCUGAGUUAUCCCUUUCUCCUUAGCAGAUGCCUCCCACCCAUCAUCGCCACGUGUCGACAUCUCACUGGCGGGCGCCUCACAGCCCCUGCCGCUGCACACGGUGUAUAG